AAGAAUAGAUAAGGUGUAAAUGGUAAUGUAUCAGGGGAUGCUGGUGUGUAUUUUAGGAUUUAUAUGCUAAUAAUUGUCCGGAGGACAGGAUCCAACAAAUUGCUAGCAGCCAAAGCUUUGCACUGUAGAGUGAUUUCUAACAGGCUUCAGAUAUCUGCAGUAACUUGACUAACAAGGCAAACAAUGACUGUAAAAGUCUAUCCCAGCCUUCUGGUAUUAUUCCUGACCAAUACUGUGUGGACUCGGAAUGUGAGACAAGUCUAUGAUGUGAUGGAUCCAGAGGAUUGGUCUCUCUUCACCUUUGAGUGUCCACAAGAAUGCUUCUGUCCUCCCAGCUUCCCCAAUGCUUUAUACUGUGAUAACAAGGGACUUAAAGAAAUACCUGCAAUCCCAGCAAGAAUCUGGUAUCUCUAUCUGCAGAACAACCUGAUUGAAACAAUUUCUGAGAAGCCUUUUGUGAAUGCCACUCAUCUGAAAUGGGUAAAUUUAAACAAGAAUAAAAUCACCAGCAAUGGAAUUGAAGAAGGUGUGCUCAGCAAACUGAAGCGUCUGCUUUACUUGUUUCUUGAAGAUAACGAGUUGGAAGAGGUGCCUGCUCCAUUACCGACAAGCUUAGAGCAACUGAGACUGGCUAGAAACAAAAUCUCCAGGAUCCCUGAAGGGGUCUUUAGCAACUUGGAAAACCUUACGAUGCUAGAUCUGCAUCAUAACAAGCUGUUGGAUAGUGCUCUCCAGAGUGACACUUUCCAGGGGCUCAACAAUCUCAUGCAACUCAACAUAGCAAAAAACUCCCUCAAGAAAAUGCCACUAAGCAUUCCAGCUAAUACAAUGCAGCUGUUUUUAGACAACAACUCUAUUGAAGUGAUCCCAGAGAACUACUUUAGUGCAAUACCCAAAGUGACUUUCCUUAGACUGAACUACAAUAAAUUAUCUGAUGAUGGCAUCCCCCCAAAUGUGUUUAAUGUUUCAUCUAUUCUAGACCUACAGCUGUCCCACAACCAACUCACUAAAAUUCCACCUUUCAAUGCUCAUCUUGAGCAUCUUCACCUUGAUCACAACAGGAUCAAAAGUGUCAAUGUCACUCUUAUGUGUCCCACCUCCAUUGCCAUAGAAGAUCACAGUUCCUAUGGCAAUAUGCCACAUCUCCGUUAUCUCCGCCUGGAUGGAAAUGAAAUUCAGCCUCCUAUCCCAUUGGACAUCAUGACAUGUUUCCGGCUUCUUCAAGCUGUUGUUAUUUGAAAAUAUCUCACUAUCGCAUUUGGAUUUUCAGAGUUUAAGAAGCAAGUUUUGCUGGCAUGAAACUUGUUCUAAUUCAUAAGUCAACCAAUAAUUUUUCUUUUUACUCUAAAUUCCUACUUGCUUGUAUCAUUUUAUAUUUGCAAAUAUUUCUCUUCCUUCAGAAAAGAGGUUCCCAAAUCUAUAUGCAAUGUGUUUUUUUUUUAAAUUCCUAAUGCAAAUAAUGUAUUUUUAAUGUUCCUACAGUCCCAGUGCAAGUUCGUCUACUCUUCGCCUAUCUUGUUAAAUUCUACAUUAAGUAUGAAUUCCACUAAGGGCAUUUUUAGGUCAAAUUAUAGUUUCCUUACACUCUAUUAUAAUGCAUAGAUUUAUGAAUUCAGGUACUCUUGGUCUGAUACGUAUUAUAAAAUAAUCAAGUACUAUACUGCUAUUAGUUAUCAUACCUUACACUCUCCUUUCUUAAAAUUGGCACUGCUGUAAGUGACAGUGAACAGCCUUUCAUAGUAUGAAUAAACUAAACCAAUUUCUUUUUUGUUUCUUUUCUUUACAGAUUGAAGUCUUCUAGUGAUACUUCCUUAGCUGCAUAGGCAUGACAUUUAUUAGACUCUGGGUACCAUAGCACUUCUAGGGAUACCACAUACAUUGAACUAUGCAUAUAUAGAACUGGACUACAAAAAUAUGAGAUGUGAAAUGCAGUGUUCUGAACUCAAAACCAUGGAUAAGGAAAUCCAGGCUGAAAUCCCUGACUCCAUUGAACCUUUUGCCAUUGACUUCAGUAGAGCUAGGAUUCCAUCCCCAAUGUUCUAAUUCUGUUUCCUUCUGUGGCCUUGAGUAAGUCAUUUAACUAAUGUGUUUUAGUUUCCAUAUAGGUAAAAUGGGGAUAAUACUGUUUACCGACUUCACAGGAAUGUUGUGGGGAAAUAGUUAAUGUCUGAAAAAAUAUGAUAGCACACAAAAGCCCCAAAAUAUGUCCUGCAGAUACAUGACAAGGAUGUGUCAAAAUAUGCAAAUGUUUUCAUUGAAAGAAAUGUAAUUUUUAAGGCAAAUGUAAUCAGCUCAGUGCAAUAUUUAAUAUUCUACUGACCCAUGCAAAGAGACUGGAUUUUAGCGAAGUCCAGGUACUUAAACAUGGCACAUACAAAAUCCAUUAAUAAUGGCAGCACCAUUGGGAUAUCUUUCUAUAAAGUCAGGUUUCAGAGUAACAGCCGUGUUAGUCUGUAUUCGCAAAAAGAAAAGGAGUACUUGUGGCACCUUAGAAAUAAAUUGGUUAGUCUCUAAGGUGCCACAAGUACUCCUUUUCUUUCUAUAAAGUCUUUCUUUCCUUUUUUUAUAGUAAGUUAUGUCAAUAGCAGGGGUUCAGUAUGCAACCUGAAUAUUACAGCAAACUGGUCACUGGGGGAAAAUAUGAAGAUUUUAGUUAUUCCUGAUAUUUUGUAUUAAUUGCCCACCAAUCACAUUGUUUUAGUCUCUUUUUAUCUUAAGUAGAAGCAAAUAGUUGAUGUUUGAUGGCCUGCAUCUAAUUCUGAUAUCUUAAGAUUGACCUCAAUGACAAGUAUAUAAGGACUAUGCAUGAUGUACGUAAAUUCUAAUUUUCCCCUUCAAACAUUUUCUUAACUGUUUUAGAAGGGCUGAGAAUGUGAAACUCUAAGUUGCAGGUUCUCAAUAUUUCCAAAAAUCAGGCCUGUAAAGUUUUUAUUCUGCUCUAACAUACUGGUAAUGAUACUGAUGGCAUGUUGAUGUAACGAGAUACCAUAUUGACUUUUCCAGUUGCAAUUUUGCCUAAAAUGUAUUAUUUUUCAACCAGCAAGUUGGAAUUGAAACCGUGGUCAAUGUCUGAAUUCACUACAGCUUGCCAAAUGAACACUGUAUAUAACAGAAUCAGUUUUUAACUUAAAACUUCACCAUAAUGCAAUUAGCUCUUUCAUAAACCCUACUGCAAAAGAUUUUGCUUUUAUAGUUAAUCCAAUGCGCUAGUUGGAUAUUAUCCUGCCUUUAUAACUAAAUAUUUUCUGGACUUAGGUGUUCACAAAUAGGGAGAAAAAACAAACACAGAGGCUUAAAAAAAAGUAGCUGUACGGUACAUAUGCAUGUUUAAUUAUGUUCUUAACUUUACUAAUGGUAGCGUAUAGUAAUUUAUUUUUUA